GCUGAGAAGCAGCGACUAGCCGAGCACCUACUGAGGAGCGGAGGAGGCGAGGACUCGAGGAGGAGCCGCCGUCGAGCAGUGCCUUCUGCCUAGGCUCGUGACUUCGUGAGUCGUGAAUCUGAUUUCAGAUUUGAGUUUUGAGUAAAGUUGCAGAAGUGGUGCAGUUUCCUAUUACGAUUCAGCAGCUAUGGGCCUGUGGCUGACUGGUCAUGGUGGUUGGGUACUGUUGGAUCGUUGCAGGUGAUACAUUCAGCAGGAAGAAGAAAUGGCAAUGAAUAAUGUAAGGUCAUUGAGAAUUGCUAUGAAUUCAAUUGAGUCAGUGCGAGUGAUUGGUACAAGGACAUAUGCUGCUGGGAAAGCAAAAAAGGCGUCUAAAGGAGGUGCAGCUCCUGAUGCUCCGAAGGUAUCAUCUCUUAGCAAAGAAGUUAAGGCCACCACUGUAGUUGGAGCUAACAUUUUGAAGGAUGGAACAGAUCCUAAGAUACGACCGGACUCUGAGUACCCUGAUUGGCUUUGGCAACUUCUUGAUAAGCGACCUGCCUUGAGUGAGCUGCAACGAAAAGAAGCUGAAGAUCUCCCUUUUGAAGAUCUUAAACGCUAUGUUAAGUUGGACAACCGAGCAAGAAUCAAGGAAAACAAUUCAGUUAGGGCCAAGAACUAGUGGAGGUAACCUGUUUUGUAUGUAUGAAAGUAGGAGGCAGCAAUAUGCAUGUCAGCUUGGUUUCUUCAGUGCAAAAAGACAAGCCGGAUUGGCUUAGUUAGUUACCUGCCUUUGUUUUCAGUUCUUACUCAAAGAUGGUUAUAUUGUGCCAUUGAUGUACUCAUUUCUCAAUUAUAAAACCAUUUAUAUGGAGAAAAAACCCUGGAGUUUUCUGUUUCA